UUUUCCAGAUGGAAUUGUAGUUUGGGGUAAAAAUUAAAAAAAAAAAAAAGCCAAUAAUGCAGUUAAUGUAUUUAAAUCUUAGAAGACGUUCCAGAUUUUGGUCGGUGGUUUGUGAGGCGUUUGCUUGGCCCGAGGAGCCGCUCCCCCGAACGACCGCUAGGUGUCUCACUCCGGAGGAGCACGAGAGUGAGAAGAGUGGGCGCCGCGGACUGACCUGCCUCCUCCGAAGAUCGUCUAGGUGCGAUACGUACGACGCACUGCACAGACCGAGUCCAGCGCGUCCGGCCGGCAAAUUUUGUCAAUAAAGAAGAGCAAAAACUUUCGAUGCUUGAGAGUUUAGGUUUUUCCGCCGCUGAGGAGGCCUCCCGAGCAGAAACCACUUGCAGUAUUAUGGCCUCGGAUCAAGAAAAGUACAGGCGUCUUAUGAAACAGCUUCUGGGGAAACCUGGGAAUGGAAACUGCGCUGACUGCGGGGCUGCAGACCCAGAGUGGGCCUCCUAUACCCUGGGUAUGUUUGUGUGUCACAGCUGCUCAGGCCUCCAUAGAAACAUUGCUCAGAUCAGCAAGGUGAAGUCUGUCCUGCUGGAUCCCUGGAGCUCCGCAGACGUGGAGUUUAUGGAUUCUGUUGGUAACCAUGCUGCCAAGGCCAAAUAUGAACAGAUAGUUCCUGCCUUCUACUACCAGCCCACACACAAAGACUGCACGCUCCUGCGGGAACAAUGGAUCCGAGCCAAGUAUGAGAGGAAGGAGUUUUUGUGUGUGGAGAGGCAGGAGCCCUACUCGGCAGGCUACAGAGAGGGGUUUCUAUGGAAACGAGGCAGAGACAAUGGACAGUACCUCAGCCGAAAAUUUAUUCUGUCCGAAAGGGAGGGUGUUCUGAAGUACUUCAACAAGCAUGAUGCCAGAGAGCCCAAAGCCAUAAUGAAGAUCAGUACCAUCAACGCCACUUUCCAGCCAACUAAAAUUGGCACUGCUCACGGUCUGCAGAUGACCUAUCUGAAGGACAAUAGCACGAGGAAUAUCUUUGUUUACCACGAGGAUGGAAAGGAAAUGGUGGACUGGUUCAACGCCAUCAGAGCUGCCCGGUUUCACUACCUGCAGGUGGCUUUUCCUGGGGCUUCCCAGUCUGACUUGUUGCCAAAGUUAACCAGGAACUACAUAAAGGAGGGUUACAUGGAGAAGACUGGUCCCAAGCACAAAGAAGGCUUCAAGAAGAGGUGGUUUACGAUGGACGACAGGAGGCUCAUGUACUUCAAAGAUCCGCUGGAUGCUUAUGCACGAGGCGAGGUGUUCAUUGGCAGUAAGGAAAACGGCCACACUGUUCUUCCUGGCCUCCCUCCCAACAUUCAGGGCUACCAUUGGCAGUUUGGAAUCACCAUAGUGACCCCAGACAGGGAUUUCCUUUUUUCAUGCGAGACUGAAGAGGAUCAGAAAGACUGGAUGGCUACAUUUCAGACUGUUAUCAGCAGACCGAUGCUGCCUCAGGAUUAUGCAGUGGAGGCCUAUUUUAAGCACAAACCAUGACUCUUUUUUCUUGUUUGACGGACCAUUGGUGCAGGAUGAGGUGCAAGAAGAGGAGCUUGAUAAAAAAAGGGCUGAAGAUAAGAUUUGAGAUCUCAUAAUAGGUCUUAUAAAAUGAAAGGUGACAGAGAAAAGGACCUUAAGGUGAGACAUGUUGACUACAACUAUCCUUCCCACAAUUACUCAUUUUACUCACCUUCUUGUCCUGCUCAGUUUCACUUAUAUUAUGUGCCAGAAACAUUUCUUAUGGAGUCAGAAUCUGAGCUGAGUGUUGACCUAAAUCUCAUCCUUCAUGUGAUGUAACUUAGAUACUUGAAAGAGGACAGUCAUCCUGACCUGAAUGUGCAGAAGUCAUGUAUGUAUGUAUGUAUGUAUGCUUUUUGUGUGGGAAUCAGAACUGUUGCUGCUCUGACGUGAAGAGAUUUUGAACAUGUAGUAAGACAUUCUAGCCAGUCACAGACAGGAUCAAAACAUAAUCUGACACGGGUAUGUAAUGUCAGUAAGAAGAAAUAAUACAUUGUCAAAUAAUAAUCCUGACAUUUAUUUCCAUGUAUAAUAUUUAUUUUGAUUUAUUUAUUCUUUUUUUUUUAACCGUCUAAUUUGCUAUCUGCAGCUUACAGUAUUAUGGUGCCAAGCACUGGUACAAUACGUAUUUUAACUUUUAAUACAGAUUCAAUCAGCUGAAUGUAAACUGCUGUGAGGUUUAUUGGCCUUCAUUCUCCUCCUUUUUGUAAAACUGUAUAAAAAAUUAACUUGA